CGCUGGUAUAAAUCUACCUCUGGAGAUUUGCUCAGCCCUUCUUUCCCCCGCACACUCAGUCGCUGAGUCUCCAAGUUCGGGCUACAAAGUAGCUUCGACUCGUUCUUCUUCAGUCAUGGCUGACCAGGCUUUUGUGACGUUGGCUACUAACGACAGCUAUGCUCGAGGUGCCAUGGUUUUGGGCAAGUCCCUGCGUAACCACAACACAUCCAAGAAGCUGGUGGUGCUUAUUGGGCCACAAGUGUCAGAGCCAUGCAAGUCGUUGCUGAAGAGCAUCUAUGACGAGGUGAGGGUGGUGGACGUGGUGGACAGUGGAGACACGGCACACCUGUCCAUGAUGAAGAGGCCCGACCUGGGUGUCACCUUCACCAAACUCCACUGCUGGACGCUGACGCAAUACUCCAAAUGUGUGUUCAUGGACGCAGACACGCUGGUGCUUUCAAAUAUAGAUGAACUGUUUGACAGAGAAGAAUUAUCUGCCGCCCCCGACCCUGGCUGGCCUGACUGCUUUAACUCCGGCGUGUUCGUUUUUUGUCCUUCCAUGGAGACUCACGGCAAACUGCUUCAGUACUGUACAGAACAUGGCAGCUUUGACGGAGGAGACCAAGGUGUUCUGAAUGGCUUCUUUAGCGACUGGGCCACAGCUGACAUUUCGAAACACCUCCCCUUCAUCUACAACCUCAGCAGCAUAGCCAUCUACACUUACCUCCCGGCAUUCAAACAAUAUGGUGGCAGUGCCAAGGUGGUCCAUUUCUUAGGGAAGACCAAGCCGUGGAGUUACAAGUAUGAUCCCAAAACCAAACGGGUGACCGGAAGUGUGCAGGAGGCCGACACGCAUUCCACCUUCCUCCUGGACUGGUGGAACCUGUACUCCACCGCUGUCGUACCCAUGAUGCACGAGGAGUACGGAGACCAGCCGUUCCACUCAGGAUGCGAGGAGGUUGAAAGCCCCUCCUCUCACGUACAAGUGCACGCACAAGCGCAGGCACAAGAGGAAGUGGCGGCGGCGACGGAGAAGCUGACGUCGGACGAGCGGCGGGAGAAAUGGGAGCAAGGUCAGGCGGACUACAUGGGAGUGGACUCAUUUGACAAUAUCAAGAAAAAGCUUGAUACUUUUCUCAAAAAAUAAAUGAAGAAAGAAAGAAAGAAAGCAGAAUUAAAAAAUAACAGAGCACUUGCAGUAAAAACAAAUGCACCACAUGUUUGUUUUUGUCUCUUUUCCGCUACUGGUUUUCGCAUCCGAGGUGACUCACUCCACCAGCGAUAUCCUCUCCAUACAUCAGUGUUAGUGCUGUUUAAAUGUUGCUUAACUGUGGCACGUGUAUCUGUUCUGCUUCACUGGGAGUGAAAGUUACAAAAAAGGAGUUAAUUUCAUUUAAAAACUGCAGUUUUUCUUGAAAUCUCAGCCGGGUCUCACGUUUGUCAUAGUAAGCACUGCAGUCUCUUUACAUGUACAUUCUUAAUUUUUCUUUUUUUUUCUAUGAUUUAGUAGUCGUUUAGUACUGGCGUGGUGUUCUCACAAGUUUUAAUUUCUUUGCAGUUGAACAGCCUCUGUUUGAACAUGGGUAUAAAAAGCAUGUUUACAGUGUUUCUUAAGGCCGUCAUUUGGUCACAUAGAGUUUACACUAAAUCCUCAGUGCCUUUGGUGUUUAUUGCACGCUCUACUACCUUGACUGGAGUUUUUCAGUGAGUUAUUAGGUUUUUAAACAUUCUUGCAAUAGUAGUAUAUUAAAAACAUGGAAAAAGUUUUGCUCA